UAUCAAGAAAUGUUCCCCCAGCUACAAGGAAGUCCAGUGAUUGUAGCUUGUUUGUGCGCGCGAUGUUACGUCGUUUUGUUUAGUUGAAGUUGUUUGGCAUUGCUCAAUUGAAUUAGAGUUACAAAUGGAUACCAGAGACUCUGAAGAUAAGCUCUCUCGUCCCAUGACUAGAUCGAUACGACGGAUGUCAGGUAAAGGGUCGAGUUUUGAGGCAACUCCUAGGCAGCCUAUAAAGAGGACCAAAAGAAAAAAAGCACAAGCUGACGCUGCUGAUGCUCCUACAUCAGUUAAUGGUACCAAAGAUGGGGAGCCUGACUUUGAAGAUGGAGAGUCCCCUAGCAAGAACAGCCGAGUGGAUGCUGAAGAAGCAGUGUCUGACAAGAGCACUGAAAGUAAGAUGGAUGUUGAGGAAUCAUCUGGAGACAUUCAGAAAAAUGAAGACCAGGAAAUGGAUAUUGAACAGGAUUCCUUUAAAGUCACUGAUCUGCCAAACAUACACAAAGAUGCUCUCGGAGAUAGGAACUUAAAUCCCCGUGUAGUGCUUGAUGAGCUCUACAGACCCAGUCUUAAGACUGAGGAUCCCAACUUGAUGAAAUCCAAGAAAGUUUCAGCAACACCAGCACCAAAAGCACCUAAAGCACCUGCACCCCCCACUAAGCCUGUCGCACAGAUUAGCGCGACAGUGAACAGGCAUGAUUCACCGGCUCUCAAGAAGUCCAGCAUGGCAGACUACAGGAGGACGAUGAUGCUCAAAGCCCCGAGCGCUGACAAACAGAAACCUGUUGCUACAAAGACACGCCCCAGAAAUUCCUCUAGAGGGUUCACAUGGUGUUUGUGGGGUUUAGUUCGCCUGGUAGUUCUCCUGGUACUAUUUGUGAUUGGGACAUUGCUGACAUACAAGAUCGUCCCUUUACUCCAAGACAUGAAACGUGGUGGAGGGCAGUCAUCCAGGCCUGUGAAGCCAGAAAGGUUUGCUGAUCAAUUGUCUGAUCUUCAGACUCAGUUCCCCAGUCAGCGGCCUGAGUUGUGGAAGAUGAGCAAAAUCCACCUGGAGAAGCACCUUAAAACAGUCCAUCCCACUGAGCCAGUCAGUCUGAUUUUCACUGCAGGCCAAAACGCUGAGAGGACACUGCAGUGCCUUGCUCGGGGUCUGGCUGCUUCCUUCUCAUCUGCCCUCAAUGCCUCUUUCCUCGACAUUGAUGGAAAAAGCAAAGCAGGCCAGGACAGUGAUAAGGUGAAGUUAGACAUUGACAGUCAGCUGCAAGCAGCGUUUGAGGGAGAAAAACCCGUGGCCAUCAUUCAUCGUUUGGAAGAGCUGCCACCAGGCUCCACUCUCAUUUUUUAUCGCUACUGCCACCACGAGAAUGCUGCAUAUAAGCGGGUUUUCUUGUUGUUUUCUGUGCUGCUGCCUCAAGAUGAGAUCCCGAAGGAAAAGAGUGUAAAAGAGGUGGAAGAGAUGGUGCAAGACUAUCUUAAGGAGAGGCUGGUGGACACCGGUGGCCAAACUUCCUUCAAUAUAAUGAAUAAUGAUAAGUUUGGUGGUCUGUGGAGUUGCAUCUCCCAUCUAGUCCUGCCUGUGGUGUCUGAGGUGGAGAAGAAAGGAUGCUAAAAAAAACCAAGCUGCCUGAUUCUUCUUUGCACUGUAGAAGGAGCUACGAGAAAGGAGAAACGUGGAAGUAUGAUGUGUGCUGUGAUAAUUCAUUUACAGCAUUCAGUAAUUGUGUUAUUCUCUUUCUCUCAGAGAUUACAUUGUACUUAAAUUGAAGUCAAAUGCAUAUGAUUCGGUUUAACUGCACAGAAGUUUAAACAGUUUUUACUCAUGCAUGCAUGUUAAAAGAGGUUACAGUGUUACACCAUCAUUCCACUUCACAAGUGUGGCCAUAAUCUUUUCUCAUGUGCAUGCAAUCCACGAAACCGAGACUGACUGAGCUGUUUCAUUUUUUGUUGCAUGUUAAAGCGUGUAUCAUUUCUGAGCAGCUUUUUAAUGACUCUCAUGUUUUUUCAUCAUCCUCAGCUUUUCUUUACUGGAACUAAAAAAAAAGUUUUGUUUUCAGUUCAUAUUCAUAUUUCAUCUUUUAUUCUGCUGUCCAAGACAACCAGGUAACUUCAUUUAAUUCUUUAUUUUUUGUGUGUGUGCUGGAAAUGCUUGGUUUUGACUUAAGUAUCUGUCUUUUUGAGUACCAGCUUUUUAAGGUGAAUAUUUUAUAUUCUUUGCUUUUUUCUAAAUAUGUAUAUUUGUGACAUGUUUCCUGGAUUGAGGUAUUUUUUAUAGCUGUGUAUAUAUGUGGAUUUGAUAUUAAAUUGUCUUUUGAACAUGUUGUUAAAAAAGAAACCACUGGAGGUGUUGUCACUUCACAUUGUGAGCUACUCGCAAUGUGGUUUAUAUUUGUAAAAUAUAUUUUGGAUAAAUACUGAUCAGCUGGUCUCAGACUGUGCCUUAAACACAUGAAGAAUACACUGUAUUUAAUUAGAGUAAAAACUUUCUCCAGUCAUUUAUACUAGCGCACAUGACAACAUCUGUUUGUGCUGUUUCCUGUCAUACAUCUCAUUCCUCUUGUUAUUCUGAGCGCUCAUAAACACUGAAUAUUAUCAAUAAAGAUAAUUUUGAUACAUA